ACGUCAACGAGUGUGACGAAGACCCUAACAUCUGCCUGUUUGGCUCCUGUUUCAACAACCCGGGCAGUUUCCAGUGUGUGUGCAGGCCUGGCUUCAUACUGUCUGAGAACAGUCGCAGGUGUUACGACACCAGAGAGAGUUACUGCUUCACCCGCUUUGUGAACGGCAAGUGUUCGGUGCCUCAGGCCUUCAACACCAGCAAGGCCAAGUGUUGCUGCAGCACUAUGCCCAGAGGCUGGGGACCCUGUGAACUUUGUCCGCAAGACCAUUUGGCGUUCCAGCACCUGUGUCCCUUCGGCCAUGGCAUAAUCCCUGGGACUGGAGACACACGCAUAGACUUGAACGAGUGUGUGGAGAACCCAGGCAUCUGUAACAACGGACACUGUAUCAACACAGACGGCUCAUUCCGCUGCGAGUGUCCAGUAGGCUACACCCUCAACUACACUGGAGUACACUGCAUCGAUGUUGACGAGUGUUUGGUGGGGAACCUAUGUGGGAACGGGACGUGCUCUAACGUGAUUGGAGGGUUCGAGUGUAACUGUGAGGAGGGCUUUGAGCCAGGCCCCAUGAUGACCUGUGAAGACGUCAACGAGUGUGCCAUCAGCCCCCUGCUGUGUGCAUUCCGCUGCAUCAACACCUUCGGAGGAUACGAGUGCAUGUGUCCCGGUGGCUACACUCUGAGAGAGAACCAGAGGAUGUGCUCAGAUCUGGAUGAGUGUUCCGAGGGGCUCCACGACUGUGAGUCCAGAGGCAUGACCUGCAAGAACCUCAUCGGCACCUUCAUGUGUGUGUGCCCGCCGGGGAUGGUGCGGCGCCUGGACAACGAAGUGUGCGAGGAUGAGAAUGAGUGUCGUAGCAAGCCGGGGAUCUGUGAGAAUGGUCGUUGUAUCAACACUAUAGGCAGCUACAUAUGUGAGUGUGGAGGCGGCUAUGAGUCUGACUCUACACGGACACAGUGUCUCGACUACAGGGAGGGCUUCUGCUUUACCGAGGUGCUCAUGACUAUGUGCCAGAUGUCUUCCAGCAGCCGGACCCCCACCACCAAGUCCCAGUGCUGCUGUGACGGAGGCCGCGGCUGGGGUAACCAGUGUGAGCUCUGUCCCCUGGCUGGCACGGCAGGCUACAGGAAGCUCUGUCCCCACGGCCCGGGGUACGCCACCGACGGCAUGGACGAGUGUAAAGUAAUCCCUGACACGUGUAAGAAUGGACGCUGCAUCAACACCAUGGGAUCCUACCGCUGCCACUGCAAAUGGGCUACCGCACCACACUGGAACGGCUGCGUGGAUCUGGAUGAGUGUGUCAUGUCCCCCAAGCCGUGUAAUUUCAUCUGUAAGAACACAGAGGGAAGUUACACUUGCUCCUGUCCCCGUGGUUACGUGCUCCAAGAGGACGGCAGGACCUGCAAAGAUUUGGACGAGUGCCAGACCAAGAGGCACAACUGUCAGUUCAUGUGUGUCAACACCGUGGGUGGAUUCACCUGCAAGUGUCCCCCUGGCUUCACCCAGCACCACACUGCAUGCAUAGAUAAUAAUGAGUGUGUCGGGGAACCCUCCCUGUGUGGCACCAAGGGCAUCUGUCAGAACUCCCCYGGCAGCUUCAACUGUGAGUGCCAGMGKGGYUACGAACUGGACGGCACCGGACUGCACUGUGAUGACGUGAACGAGUGUGACAGUAACGACAGGUGCCAACAUGGCUGCCAGAACAUGCUGGGCGGCUACCGUUGUAACUGCCCUCAGGGCUACACGCAGCACUACCAGUGGAACCAGUGUGUGGAUGAGAACGAGUGCUCCAACCCGGGCAGCUGUGGAUCGGCCUCCUGUUACAACACGCUAGGCAGCUUCAAGUGCGCCUGCCCCUCAGGCUACAGCUUCGACCCAUUCAGCAGCAGCUGUCAGGAUGUCAACGAGUGCUCCAACAAGAACCCCUGUAACUACGGCUGCUCGAACACAGAGGGAGGCUACCUGUGUGGUUGCCCGCUGGGCUAUUUCCGCAUGGGCCAAGGUCACUGUGUGUCAGGCUUGGGCUUUGGGAAGGGCCAGUAUGAGGGGCCAGAGAUAGAAGACAACACUCUCUCCCCAGAGACCUGCUACGAGUGUAAGAUCAACGACUACCCCAAGAAGCACGGCCGCAAGAGGCGCGACGCCAACGGAACGCAACCCAUAGAGGUGAGCCUAGCCAGUCUGGACAUGGAAGUUCCUGUCACCCUGCUGCUCAACGUGUCYCAGCUCAACCCCAAGGAGCACAUCCUGGAGCUGGUGCCCGCCAUCAAGCCCUUGGUGGGCCACGUGCACUACGUCAUCGCCAGCGGUAACCAGCAAGGCCUGUUCCGCAUCCAGCAGCGUGACGGCCUCUGCUACCUGCACAGCACCAAGAGGAAGGGAGCACUGGCGGCAGCGCAGGAGUACACGCUGGAGAUCGCCAGCUUGCCGCUCUACGGCAAAGCCCAGUUCAAAGAGCUGGAGGACCGCCGGGACCAAGACUACCUCACGGGGGAACUGGGGGAGAACCUGCGCAUGAGGCUGCACAUCCGACUGCAAUAGCUGGAGUGGGAUUGGGGGAAACACAGGGAAACACCUUGUUUUCCCUUCAAACUGGUGUUUUUCAGUUCACCACCAUUUUAAAGCCAAAUGAUAUGUGGAAGGAAUGUUGGAUUUUUUCUUGUUUGCAUUUUUUCUUGUUUGCGUUUUUGACCUCAAAGUACUGUCCAGAAUCUCUCUAGGGCAGCCCAAUUCAAAAAAAAAAUUAAAAAACUUUCACUAAUUUGUCUUUCAGUGGAAGAAAUAUCAGAAUUGGGCUGCCUGUGUAAACACAGCCUAGGAAAAGAGAGUGACUCGAAGCAUGAACAGGAGACUUUACAUCUUUCACAGGUUCUCCCUCGCUGUGAGUGACCUCAUGCCAUGACCAUGUACACGAGUGGAAGACCAAGAGCAAGASAUGAUGUUCAAAUGACCUGGAUAGUUUAGUUGGUCCGUUCACGGUAAGGAAAUAGCAUGUGAUGUUCUGGCGAUAGGCUCUGAAAGUACACAUGACUAGUACAUCUGCAGCAUGGUGGGUUGCUACAAUACAGUUGACCAUUUUAUGGAAGUCAGCUUGGUUAUUUUAGUGACUAGACGCACUCUUGGUCAAUUCAUAGUUGACUGUUGCAGAGCUGCCACAGUCCCACAUUCAUUUUGUAGUGGUCCGACAGACUAUUGCAGCUCUGCGGCUGUGAACUUCUCAAUUGAGCAUUACAGGGCAUAGCAUUCUCCUGUAAGAUGUUGUAUUCUAGGCCUAUUGGUCGUGGUAGAACAUUGUCAAUAUGGGAUUGGUGCCUCGAAAAGGGAAACUGAUGUUUUAGGACACCACAUGGAAUCACAUCAUUAUAAAGAAUAAUAGUAAUCAAAAAAAUGUGUAUGCUUACAUAUGUACAUAUUAACAAUCAGUAAUUCAAUUAUUGUGAACUGAUUUUUUGUAUUUAUUUUAGUAUUUAAUACAAAGUUGUACACUAUUGGUCAAAUUCACAUCUAAUAAAAUGACACACAAAAAAAGUGUCAUUUACAUUUUUACACCCUCAAUUUGUAUUCUCUACGUGUAUUACAGAAACACCCAUCAGUUGUUAGAAACACACAUGUUUUGUCUAAUAUACAGGAGUAUGUAUGUUCAUAUUGCACAAUUACCUCAACUAUUAGUCUCUACAGAUAARGCUAUGUGACCAAUGAAAGCAUGUAUCAAUCCAAUUUCUUAAAUCAGCUGUUAAGGAUAUGGGUUUAAUAGAAUAUUGUUUAUGUUGAAUGAAAAUGAUCAUGGAAGUCAUUGAGAAAGAGGUGGGUCUAUCCCACAUAGGGAUGCUUCACUCAUUGAAACGUUUGACCAAAGAGAAGUGUCUUACAGUAAGAAAUAUGCAGCUGUCUGGAGGUGUAAUGUACGGUCAUAUGUAAUCAAGGMCAGUAGAUGUGGUGAACACCUUAUUGUUGUUUUGCUUCGAGAUUGUCUUCCAUUCAAAAGAUUUUAUUUUAUUUCCCCCGUGGCAUCAGUUCUCAAAAUGUAAGUCYCUUUUGGUUGGAGGAUUUUUAUACUCGCUAAGAAGCAAUAGCAAGUAGCCCACAGAAACCAGGACAUUUUUUUUGUCAUUUUUGUUUACAUGUUUAAAUAUAUCUACACAGAGUAAACUAACAGGGGUACAGUCAAUAAUGUAUAUAAACACUAGAUCACCCACAGGGGGUGUUGUUUUKAAGCCACUGCGCCACCAUCUUUGUUCUCCACCAUUGUUUUAAAGGUUUUGGCAAAUAUAGAAACGCAUUUAUCAAUGUCUAUAUUGCAGACACCUUAUCACAAUACUUUUUACAUUAUAUUAUCUGAACUGAACUAACCCGUAAAGUAUAUAUUUUUUUGAAAGUACUGCUACUGUCCCUACUACAACAAAGAAAUMCUUAGAUGCAUGUAAUUUUGUCCUUUAGAAUUCCAUUCAUUCAUACGGAGGACUGCGCCUUCUGAGCGGUACACUUUUAGAAGAAGAAAAACGUUUUAUUUUUUUUAAAAGAGGGUUAUUUCGGCUGUCCCCAUAGGAGGCAAAAAAG